UCUGACCUCCUCGUCAGAAGGUAUCGUGGGGCAGAAGGCAGAGAGAGGAGAAGCCGGAGAUGGGGAAGGAGAGCGAGGCGGAGGCGGGGACGAGCGCGGUGGCGAGGCUAAUCGAGAAGGCCACCGAUUCGACGGCCGGCGAGGUGGACCCGCGCCUCCUCAGGGCCAUCAAAUCCACCGUCCGGUCCUCCGACGACGAGAUCCACGCCGCCGUUGACUCCCUCAUGGAGCAUAUGAAGAAGCAACACGCCCAGGUGCGGUUCCUAGCAGUUCUUAUAGUUGAUGAACUGUUCAUGCGUUCGAAGCUUUUCAGGUCCCUCCUCGUAGUCAAUUUUGAUCAGUUCCUGAGCUUAAGCAUUGGUUUCAGGAGAGACCUGCCUCUUCCUCCUCCUUCUUCCAUUGCAUCCAAUCUGCGCUCAAAGAGUGUAGAACUAUUGGAGAAAUGGAAUGCCUCUUUUGGAAUUUACUACAGGCAGCUUAGAAUGGGUUUCAAUUACCUGAAGAACACCCUCAGGUACCAGUUUCCUAAUCGGUUGGAGAAUGCCGCUCGGUUGCAACAGGAGAGACAGGAACGGGAGAUGAGGUCAAAGCAGAUUUUGCUCAGUAAGCUUGAAAAUCUGAAGGAGAAUUUUUCCUCUAUCAAGGCUGAAAUUCAGUCAACAAUUGAUGAAAUAGAAGAGUGCUUAGAAAUUCUUAAUGUUAAGCGAGAAGAAUUUACUCCGAAUAUGUCCACUGAGGAUGAUGAGGUAGAAGAAUUUAAAUCUCUUACAUUGCAGCAAAUCCGUCUUGAAUCCUUGAAGGAGGGAGAGAAAGUCAAGGAAAACAGUGAUAACAAAGCUAUCUUCGAUGCACUUAGAGAAUCACUUAAGCUUUUAAUCUCAAAGCAUUUGUCAGCAGUACAGGAAUGGAUUUCUGUUCUUGUCAGGGUUGAUCUCACUGACAACAAAUUCAGGGAUACUGCAUUAAAGGAGUUCAUUGAUAUCCGCAAUCUUAUCCAUUCCGUCCGGGAAAGAUGCGGUCAGUUAGGCUGUGUUCUUGACGAUCGCUCCAAUCACAAAAAGGAUGAGGAUGAUGAUGAUUUGUGGGAAGAGGGUAAGGUAGAACAUUACAUGCCCGCGACUUCUAGUAUACCUAACAGCUCAGUUGGGAAUUCUGCAGAUACUGCAACAACCAGCAAGGGAAAGGAUGUAGCACCCCCUGAUGCAAAUGACUCAUCAGUUGGGCAUGGUUUGAGCUCAACUUCUGAGAGGUCAAGACUAUUGGUGGAAGCUCCUGUAGUGACAUGGGGCCCAUUCUUGGACAACUGGGGUUCAAACAAAGAUGCUUUAGCUAAUCAGAGGGGUCUGGAGCUCCAGGGUCACUGGGGUAGAGUGGAUUAUGAUGCUGUCAUUCCUGCAGAAAAGAUCGCAGAGCUGAAUUUUCAUCGAACAGUUUAUAAGGAGGAACUUGUUGAAAUUCAACCUUGCCGGGCUCCUUUGAAGAAAGGGGGACUUUGUCGGAGAAGGGAUUUGAGGGUGUGCCCAUUUCAUGGGCCCAUUGUACCACGCGAUGAUGAGGGAAAUCCAAUAGAACAAAAUUCACAGAGUGAAAGGGAAACUGAAAAAGAGUAUCCUGCAAUGUCAACUGACUUAAGAGGUGACUCGGCAGAUGCCAGUGGAACUCUCAAUCUGGGCAAAGAAAUGGUUGAGAAAUUGGGGAGACAAGCAGUUAAAAAUGUACGGGAAAGAGAGAGAGAUAUGAAGUCAAUGAAGCGUGCGAAACGAGCGAAAAUUCGUGAACACAAUGAAGAUGUUUUACGGGAAGCUGCAAUUGCUUCAACUUCAUACUCAGAAGCUUUUGCAGAACAUACAGCAACAUCAGCUCAAAAUGGAGCUGAAGUCAAUGUUAAGAAGCCGACACUGGCAUCGAUGCUGAAAAAGAAAAUAACUGCAAAGGAUAGAUUAGCUCAAAGGCUUUUAAAUAGCCAUGUUACAGAUUCUGCAAGCAGACAGCUAAUGCAGGGGGAGGAUUCAAAAUACCGAGAAGCUUUCCCAAAUCAAUGGUAGAUGGAGACAUUGUUAGCUAAUUAAGCUGAUAAAUUUUGAAUUGAAGCAGUAUGCAGGUCCUAACAGGAGGGCGCAAAAUGUUGUAUUUAUUAUAGAUCAGAUGUCAGUUAUCUUGGGGCCUGAAAGAUGAAACUUUAAAGUAGCUUUCUCCUGGGGAAGGCAGUCAAAAACAGAACCGACUUAUUGAUUCUUGGAUGAGGGGAUAUUAUCAGUACCACUGUCAUCAGAGCAUUAAGGGUCGUUUCAGAUGGAGUUUUGGAAGUGAUCAGUUUCUGGUAUUUAUAGGAAUGACUGACAAUUAUUGUACAGUUUUGUCAAAUAAAUAUAUGUGGUCUUGUCGUCGCUCCA